CCAACCAACUCCAAUAUUCACAAUGGCUGUCGACGCUGCUACCGCUUGGGAUGAGGUCUGUGACCAGGCCAACGACCGCAACUGGGUCAUCGUUAACACCGACCUGGAGGUUGUCAGCACUGGCAACGGUGGCCUCGAGGAGAUGAAGGCUGCCUUUGACGACUCGGAGGUCCAGUUUGCCGGCUUUGUGGUCUACGGCAUCGACGACCGCGGCUCGACCGUGUCGAAGCGCACCAAGACGGUGUUCUGCGUGUGGAUCGGUUCGGGCGUCGGCGCGCUUGCCCGCGGCCGCGCUCUCCGCUGCAAGGACGAGGCUGCCAACCUGUUCAACGGCCACAACCUCUCGAUCGACGUUGACGACACCGACGACCUGACCCAGAAGGCCAUCGCCGACCGCCUCCUCAAGGCCGGUGGCGCCCACAAGCCGACCGCCUACGACUUUGGCCCCGAGCAGGUUAUGGAGCUCUAG